AUAUUAUUAUUUCAAAAUGAAAUUUAUACAUGCUUUAGAUUUUGAAAAGUGGUUACAAGUAGUCGAAAAUUGAAUGAACAGGUAGUUGUGGUGACCGGCGGUAACACUGGUAUUGGAAAGGAGACGGCAUUUCAAUUAUCAUUAAGAGAAGCAAAGGUAUACAUCGGAUGUCGAGACGUAAAGAAAGGAGAGAUGCUGUCAAUGAUAUUCAAUCAAUGAAUCCAAAGGCAGACAUAAAACUAUUAAAACUUGAUUUGUCUUCACUUCAAUCGGUCCGCCAUUUCGCCAAAGAGUUGUAUCAAUUGGAGUCCAAAGUGGAUAUUCUUAUCAAUAACGCCGGUGUUUAUGGUUGUCCUGAAUGGCAGACCACCGAUGGCUUUGAGAUGCAAAUGGGAACCAAUCAUUUGGGUCCAUUUCUACUGACCCUGACCCUAUUGCCACACAUAAAGAGAGCACCGGUAGCCCGUAUAGUGAACGUGUCGUCAAGUAUGCACGCGAUCGGGAAAAUCAAUUUCGAUAACAUAAACCUCCGGCAAAUACACGCCAACCCGGGCUUACGUACCGUUACGUGCUAUGUAUUAAAUCCCGGGGCCAUUAAGACUGAUUUGCAACGACACAGUAAUAUGAGUGAAGGCAUGAUGAACAUGAUGUUUAUAAAGCCAGAUAUGGGCGCUCAGACCACAUUGUAUUGUACGCUGCAGGAGGAACUGGAUCACGAGUCGGGAUUUUACUACAAACGUAAAGUAAAGACAGAUAAGAAACUGAAUGGACAGGUAGUUGUGGUGACCGGUGCUAACACUGGCAUCGGUAAGGAGACGGCGUACCAAAUGACGCUGAGGGAGGCCAAGGUAUAUAUCGGGUGUCGGGAUGUGAAGAAAGGAGAGACGGCUGUCAAAGAGAUACAAUCAAUGAAUCCAAAGGCAGACAUAAAACUAUUAAAACUUGAUUUGUCUUCACUUCAAUCGGUCCGCCAUUUCGCCAAAGAGUUGUCUCAAUUGGAGUCCANUCCAAAGGCAGACAUAAAACUAUUAAAACUUGAUUUGUCUUCACUUCAAUCGGUCCGCCAUUUCGCCAAAGAGUUGUCUCAAUUGGAGUCCAAAGUGGAUAUCCUUAUCAAUAACGCAGGGGUUAUGGCGUGUCCUGAAUGGCAGACUGAGGACGGCUUUGAGAUGCAGUUUGGGACCAAUCAUCUAGGUCACUUUCUGUUAACAUUACAUUUGGUGCCAUUACUGAAGAAGUCAUCGGCGGCUCGUAUUGUAAACGUGUCUUCGAGUGCCCAUAAGUUCGGAGAAAUCCAUUUAAAUAACAUAAACCUCCGAAACGGUGAUUAUCACCCAUUCUUGGCCUACGGACAGAGCAAACUCGCAAAUGUCUUAUUUAGCCGGGAGUUGGCUAAAAGAUUAAGACAUACCUACAUCAACACGUAUUCAUUAAAUCCCGGUGCCAUUGAUACUGAUUUACAAAGACAUGUUGAGAAAAGCGAUGACAAACCAAAAGGAAAGGGAUUUAUGAGGAGAAACCUAUUUAUGACACCUUUCAUGGGAUCCCAGACUACACUGUAUUGCGCUCUGGAGGAGGAUCUGGACGAUGAGACCGGAUAUUUCUAUGACAAUUGUCGGCGAAUUGAUUAUAUGAUAGCCGAAGCCAAUGACGACAAGACCGCCAAAGCUCUCUGGAUAUUGAGUGAAGACUUUGUCAAACUUGAAGAUCAUCUCAGGAUUUAAUUCAUUAACAUUUGGAAAUUAAGAUUUUCAAGAAAUAUUUACAAACAUA